AAAUUGACUUAAAGCAUUUUUCUGUCAUAGGCAUCAGGAGUACAAGUGGCUGAUGAAGUAUGCCGUAUCUUUUAUGACAUGAAAGUUCGGAAGUGCUCCACGCCAGAGGAAAUCAAGAAAAGGAAGAAGGCAGUUAUCUUCUGUCUCAGUGAAGACAAAAAGUGCAUUGUUGUGGAAGAAGGCAAAGAAAUCCUGGUGGGAGAUAUUGGCGUAACGGUUUCUGAUCCUUUCAAGCAGUUUGUGCAGAUGCUCCCUGAAAAGGAUUGCCGUUAUGCCUUGUAUGAUGCAAGCUUUGAAACAAAGGAAUCAAAAAAAGAAGAGUUGAUGUUCGUCCUGUGGGCACCAGACCAAGCGCCUCUCAAGAGUAAGAUGAUCUAUGCAAGCUCUAAGGAUGCAAUCAAAAAGAAAUUUCAAGGUAUGUAAUACAGGCAACACUUCCUGACUUGGC